UUAUCUUACGGUUUGCCGCGAUCACACUCGCGACACAAAUGUAUGUAUUCUACGCGCCAGCUUCAACGCUGUGCUCACUGCAUUAUCGUUCUCUUGCUCCAUCACCUGCUGCUCAGUCGCUAAUUCAAAAUCUUACCUUCCCUAAGCAUUCUUUCUUACAUUCUCACCGGAGGUCACUCUAUAUCGUCUCUGUGAUGAACGCAGAAAAUUCUACACUCUCAGACUCUAAAUCGGAGCAUGUCUCCGGCAACUGGUACCCCGUGCCGGAGCUUCGGCUUCGUGAUCAUCGAUUUGCUGUACCGCUGGACCACACUCUCCAUCUUCAUUCCUCUCCCAAGAUAUCCGUCUUUGCUCGUGAAGUCGUUGCAGCUGGCAAAGAAGAACAAACAUUGCCAUACCUGCUAUAUUUGCAAGGUGGACCUGGGUUUGAGUGUCUGCGACCAACUGAAUCCAGUGGAUGGAUUCAUAAAGCUUGUGAAGAUUUUCGUGUCAUCUUAAUGGAUCAGAGAGGAACAGGCUUAUCUACUCCCUUGACAGUGUCAUCAAUGUCACAAUUUAAGUCUGCAGAUGAAUUAGCUGACUACUUGAGACAUUUCCGAGCUGAUAAUAUAGUAAAUGAUGCAGAGUUUAUUAGAGUGCACCUUGUUCCAGAUGCAGGGCCUUGGACAGUUUUAGGGCAGAGCUUUGGUGGCUUUUGUGGAGUCACAUAUUUGAGUUUUGCACCGCAGGGACUGAAACAAGUACUUCUAACAGGAGGAAUUCCUCCAAUUGGAGAUGGUUGUACUGCAGAUUCUGUAUACAGGGCAUGCUUUGAGCAAGUUAUACGUCAAAAUGACAAGUACUACAACAGAUAUCCUCAGGAUAUCAAAAGUGUUCAAGAGCUGGUUAAUUAUUUAGCUGAAAUGGGAGGGGUGACGCUUCCAUCUGGUGGCAUCUUAACCCCCAGAGGACUCCAGACUCUUGGUCUUUCUGGCCUGGGAUCUGGAGCUGGUUUUGAGCGCAUGCAUUAUUUGUUUGAAAGAAUGUGGGAUCCCAUUUUAGUUCCAGGAGCACCUAAGAGGAUCAGCUACAACUUCUUAAGUUCUUUUGAGAAGUGGUUGGAUUUUGAUACAAAUCCCCUGUAUGCCCUCCUGCACGAACCCAUCUAUUGUCAGGGUGCUCCUAGUAGGUGGUCUGCUAACAGAAUAAGGACAGAGUAUGAAAGCAAGUUUGAUGCUAUUAAAGCUGCAAGAGAAGGCUGCCCUGUACUUUUCACAGGAGAGAUGAUUUUCCCGUGGAUGUUUGAUGAGAUUCAUGCUUUGAAACCAUUCAAAGAUGUAGCUAAUAAACUGGCAGAGAAGAAGGAUUGGCCUCGACUAUAUGACACUGAGGUGCUGAAUAACAACAAGGUACCUGUUGCAGCAGCUGUUUAUUAUGAAGACUUGUAUGUGAAUUUUAAGCUGGCCAUGGAAACAGCUUCUCAAAUAGCAGGGAUUAGGCUUUGGAUAACUAACGAAUUUAUGCAUUCAGGCCUGCGUGAUGGAGGGAGCCAAGUUCUUGAUCAUUUAUUGGAUAUGUUAAAUGGUAAAAAGCCUCUGUUCUGACCUUUAUGUUUUAGUUCCUUCCUUCCUCCUCCUUUUCUGGCCUUGAGAUCUCUAGACUUCCCAGCUAAUCUAUGGCUUAUAAAAAAAUGAAACACAAUUUGGUGUUGAUGUGA